CGUUACGGCGCCAGUCACCCGAUCAAACCUCCCCACGUCCGUCCGUUCUACAGAUAUACCGCCAUCGGGCUCGGCGCCAGCAUGUGGUUUUUCAUCUUCUACCGAGCAAAGCAGGACCUCCCGGUGCUGCUGCACUGGAGACACCCUUGGGAACAC